CGUAGCCGGACUGGGAGCAGGGCUGCAGGCGAAGCCGUUUGCGGAAACAAAAAGCGUUGGCGCGGCCCCGGUGGGUCUUGGGGGGGAACAUUCAGGUUUGAAUGUGUGUUACCUUGACACGUAUCUAAAGGACAUCCUUCCAUUACACAGCAUGGAGUUGGUACAGGAAUCCCUGACAUUUCACGAUGUGGCCGUGGACUUCAGCUGGGAGGAGUGGCAGCUCCUGGGCCCCGAGCAGAAGGACCUGUACAGGGACGUGAUGUUGGAGACCUACAGCCACCUGGUGUCACUGGGGUAUCACGUCAGCAAACCAGACACACUCUUCAAGUUGGAACGAGAGGAAGAACCGUGGGCAGUACAGCGUGGACUCCACUGUCUAGUCUCUCCAGAAGGUACAGUUGGUGAUUCUCUGCAGUAUCCCUUGCAAAGUCGAAGCAUUCAGAGUCUGGAAACAUGCUGUGAAAAUAGUAUGUUUGGAGAUAUUGUUAAUCAGAGCAAAGGUAAUUUCCUAUUAAAGCAAAAUCACAAUAUGUUUGAGAUGCAUGAAAAACUUCCAAUAUCAAAGUUAAGUUUUGAAAACCAAAACAGAAACUGUAACAUAAAGAACUUUGUUGAGUUGACAGGAGAGGACACACCCAUUCUGCAUGCUAACCAUGAACAAUUUUACACUGAAAUUAUAUUGCCUGUCGGCACCAAACCCAUCAAUAAUAAGUCGCAGGCCAUUCAGGAACAGAGAACUUACCACAUUGAGAAAUUCCACAUAUGCCCUGAAUGUGGAAAAGCCUUCAUGAAAAUGUCUCAGCUCACUGAUCAUCAGAGAGUUCAUUCUAGAGAAAAACCUAAUGGAUGCUGUCCAUGUAGUAAAGCCUUCUCUAGAAAGUCCAGGCUCACUGCCCAUCCAAGAAUUCAUAAUGAACUGAAACAGUAUGAAUGCACUAAAUGUGACAAAACCUUCCUCACGCCAUCACAGUUCAGUAUACAUCAGAAAACUCACAUGGGACAGAAAUCUUAUGUGUGCAGUGAAUGUGGUAAAGCAUUCAUCAAAAAGUCUCGGCUCAUUUAUCAUCAGCGAAGUCAUACAGGAGAGAAACCCCAUGGGUGCAGUUUAUGUGGCAAGAACUUCUCUACGAAGUUUAGUCUCACUACCCAUCAAAAAAUUCAUACAGGAGAGAAACCCCAUGGAUGCAAUCUAUGUGGAAAGACCUUCUCUACAAAGUUUUGUCUCACUAAACAUCAAAACACUCAUACAGGAGAAAAACCCUAUGGAUGCAGUCUAUGUGGGAAGACCUUCUCUACUAAGUUUAGUCUUACUACCCAUCAGAAAACUCAUACAGGAGAGAAACCUUAUACAUGCACAGAAUGUGGAAAAGGCUUUUCAGUGAAGCGUGGCCUCAUCCUACAUCAACGAACUCAUACUGGAGAGAAACCCUACAUAUGUAAUGAGUGUGGGAAAGACUUCACCUGGAAGAACACUCUAAUCAGACAUCAGCGAGCACAUACAGGAGAGAAGCCCUAUGUAUGUAUUGUAUGUGAAAAAGGCUUCACCAUGAAGACUGAUCUCACUGUACAUCGAAGAACUCAUACUUUAGAGAAACCGUAUGUGUGUAGUGAAUGUGGGAAAGGCUUCUCAAUGAAGCACUGCCUCAUUGUACAUCAGCGAAUUCAUACUGGAGAUAAACCUUAUGUAUGUACUGAGUGUGGGAAAUGCUUCCCCUGGAUGUGCCCUCUCAUCAGACACCAACGGGCACAUACAGGAGAGAAACCCUAUGUAUGCAAUGUAUGUGGAAAAGGCUUCAGUAUGAAGGGGGGUCUCACUGUCCAUGAGCAAACUCAUACUUCUGAGAAACCAUAUAUGUGUAAAGAAUGUGGGAAAGGCUUUACUCAGAAGUACAAACUCAGUGUACAUCGGCGCAUUCACACGGGGGAGAAACCCUACGUGUGCAGUGAAUGUGGAAAAGGCUUCACAGUGAAAAACAAGCUGAUUAAUACUCUAAGUAUACAUUAGCAAAUUCAUACCACAGAGAAACCAUACAAAUGCAAUGGAUGUGGUGAAGGCUUUAGGAAAAAGAUAUGCCUCGUGCAACAUCAGACAUUUCACUAAGGAAAGACUUCAUGUUCUGAACGUGGGAAAUUCUCAUUGUGCAAAAAUAAUCUCAUUACCCACAGAAUGAACACAGAAGAGAAACACUAUGAAUGCAAUAAAGAUGGGAAAGCCUUCACUACGAAGUCUUUCAAUGUUCAUCAAAGAAAACAUACAGGAGACAACCAGGGAUGCAGCGAUUAUGGUAAAGCUUUUCCCGACUUGUCCUUAUCUAUAUAUAUAAAGAGCCAGGGGUCAUCACAUCACAACCAAAGGUUCAACCAACUGGAAGUCAGUGCUGGGUUGCUGUGGUGACCCAGCAACAGCGACCCAGCACUGACUGCCACUACUGUGGAUGCCCUGAUACAGCAGUGACUGCUGAGGGGGCUGUGGAUCAC